AGUCGUACAAAUAAUUCUUUGUGUACACACAGUAUAACAGGGAAUUUCUGUAAUAUAGUAAAAUAUAAUUGGUAGUGGUUUUUAAGGUAUUUUCUGAAAUUAUAACUCAAAUUCAUUUUCACCAUCAUCGCCAUCAUGGGAAAAAACACAAUCUCAGUGCUCGUAAUGCUUUCCUGCACUCUCUUCGCCGUCUGUCGUGCAAAUCGGCAAGAAUACAUCGCUAUCGAAAAAGCCCUCCGAAGUUUAUCCAACGUCGUCGUGAAAUACAAAAGCGAAUUCGAUACCAAAGUGAAAUUCGUCGAGUUGCAAAAAGCCAUCGACGCCAUCGACGAUUCCAUGCUCGAUUACGUGGGCACAGCUAAAGACAAAUUGGACGAACUACGUGCAUUAAACAGCGCCGCGCGUCAAACCUAUCAAGACUGCGUCGGCCCGGUGUUCGAGUGGUGCGUUUCGAUCAACAGCACACUCGACCUUUUCAUCCCCUACAUAAGCGACCCAAGCUUAUCGCCUUACGACAAAGACAUCAUUUGGGAGAUGACCGUCGACGCUUUGAGCGACGGCCAGAAGAAAACUUACAACUCGUUGGAAUUGUUGAAAAGCGUGCAGAAGAAGACCAUCGAUCUGAAAAAUUUACUGGACGCCGUGUUGCACGAUCUGCACAACGAUUUCGGCCCGAACGGCUUUUACGGGAAGCGCAAGCAGGAGCUGAUGAACGCGAUCGUGGAAAGCCAGAAAUCUCGUCAGGCUUUGAUCAUCGCUGGAGUCAUCAGCCUCAUAUUCGGUGCCAUCGCAGCUUUCGUGAUCGGUCCGGUAGGCGUUAAGUUGGACCUUCUUCAGGUGUUCGUCCCUCUUGGAUUAGAGGAAGUGAUCCGGAGGCAGCGACAAGCGACCUACGAAGAAGAAUUGCAGGUUAUUCAAACGUUCUUCAAUAUUCUCGAUGAAAAAAUUAACAACGCAAGCACGAUCGCAACUCAGGUCGACGCGGACUUGGAAGAGGAUAAGAACAACUUGUACGUACUCUCAGGGCUCAUUUCUGCAGCGGAAAGAAACAAAAAAAUGCUGUUGAUGAACAGUCCGAUUAUGCGAGCUCGACUUGUUCCAAGCUUUCGGAACUUGGGGAACAAAUGUUACGAAUACACCAUGUGGCACGGGUAUGGCUCGGAAGAAUACGAACAUAUAAGACACAAGAGAGUCAGACGUCAUGCCUCCGAAACGUGUAAAGCGCAGCGAUUGAAGGCAAUGACCAUGAUAACUCGAUCCAUUCCUUUGAACAGCACGUUUGAAACUAUCGUUUCCAAAGCCCAUUCCAUUUUAAGUGAAAUGAAUUGCGAGUCUAAGAAUUUGCCUAUGCUAUCGCCAAAUGAACAAAAUGCGGCAGUUUUGCGAAGUGCUUUUCAGGUACUUGCGUAAGAUAAAGUUCUUUUUUUAGUUAAGCCUACAAUAACGAAUUCAAAAGUGAGAAUAACUUUUUUACCUUUUUCUAUUUCACAUAUACGAUUGGUCUUUGAUAUAAUAAGUCAUAAUUCAAAUAAAUCUAUACAUAAAAACGUG